CACUCCAAUCGCAAAACCAUUUUUUAGCGAUUAAAUCUAAAUGCAUGAAUACAUACAAUCGUUUCAGAUCGAGGACCUUUAACGUUGAACUGAAUGUCUGUUAUGAUUCAGGGAUGUUGAAUGAAUAAGGUUAUCAGAGUAAGAGAGAACCUUUAGUUAGAAUGAUUUAAUCUUUAAAGUAACGAAUAUUAAAGAAAUUGAGAGAAAAAAACCGGACGAUGAUAAUUUUUACAUGUAUAGUAUCCCUCUAUAUAUUUGUUUAUAUACACACAAUUAAUGGUCAGUGUACUAGCAAUGACAUCAUUGGGGAACAGCGUACACGGGACGAAGAUGACGACGAUUAUGAUGGAAAUGCAGUCAAUGCAGUUCUGAAUUUUCACAACGAUUACAGGUUCGAUUGCUGUGGUUUCAUAUAUAUUUGGGAAAUAUAUGUACGUAGAAAUGCAAUUACACCUAUAAAUGUGAAAGUCCAAGUGUGGUACGAUUCAGGGGCAUUAUGGACUCUGCGUGGGGAAAAUAUUUUUGAGGCAUAUGAUGAUAGGAAUGAGAAUACUAUGACCGUAACAGCUGGAUCAAGAAUCCGUGUUUAUAACGACGAUUAUAUAGGCUUCUAUGAAUCUGCUGGAUCUGUUAUCACAUAUGAUGAUGGAAAUGACGGUGGUGACUACAAAACAGCUACCUUUGGAUCAGACCAGACUACUUUUGAUUGGGAUGCAGCAACGGGUGGGAAUAGAAGAGAUCAUGCCAUUCAUGCGAGGAUAACUCCAAGUCAAAUACCAGCUUUCACUAACCUAGAUGAUACUGUUGCAAUAAGUAACAACGAGGUUGCCGGGACUGUAAUUUUUACUCUCGCUGCGAGUGACAGCGAUCCUGAAGAUGCCGGUCUGCUGACUGUAGCUCACACAGGAAACACUGGAUCUGCUGCAACUUUCUUUGAACUCGACUCUACCACUUGGGAAGUCAAAAUAAGGUCUGGUGUUUCUCUUUCUCCUGGUGACCAUGCUAUGACUUUUAGUGUAACAGAUCCAUGUUCAAGGUCAUCAUCUAGUACUCUGACGGUACGAGUAGAGAACGACCCACCAGUGAUAACAAGUCUGGCUACGAGCAGUUCCAAAACUAUAUCUGAAGACCUAACCGCAGAAACGUUAUUGCAUACCCUUGUCGUUACGGACUCAACACCCACUACGUGCCAGCUAGAUUCCAUUGGAGUUCCAUUUGAAAUUAAAACUAUAUCUGGGAGCACGAAUUAUGGCAUAUUUCUGUCAGCCGGUGCAUCCAUGGAUUACGACACACAGAAUGCAUAUAUCCUAGAUUUAUCAUGCACUGAUAACUUUGAUGUCACCAAGGGCGUUUACACUGUGUACCUUGUAAGAAAUGAGCCUCCAACAAUAAACGGACUACCAAGAGCUACAGAUAUGCAAGAGGAUGUUGUUGUUGAGACAACACUCUACACACUAUCUGUAACAGACCCAGAAAGUACUGUUGUGACAUGUGAUGUAACAGAAAUUACUCCAAAUACAAAUAUUAUGUUCAUCAAGCCAUCGUCAAACUUUAAUGAAUUUGACAUAGUUUUGCAAUCAAACCCUAGCCUCCAAUAUGACGUAGCUAGAACAUAUAGACUGGAUAUUCAGUGUUCUGAUGGCCGACGUACAGAUUCUGGUGUCUUUUUUAUGAAUGUGUUACGUAACAAACCACCUGUGUUUUUGAAUCUUCAAAAUGUCACAACAGUGUCGAGUGUCUCAUCUUACAUUGGACAGAUUGUGUUUGACGUUGAGAUAUCUGAUCCAGAAAAUGACCAAGUCCAGUUUUCUAUGUUUUGUGUACCAUCAACCAACUGUCCGUUUGAAGUAUACCAUUCUGGUGAAAUAGUUCUGACGAGGUCCAUAGAAGGUGAAUUUGUACCAGCCUAUGAUUUAUAUGUUUAUGUGACUGACGGAAAGUCAACAACAGGACCUAGGUCACUCACAGUUCAUGUCUUAGAUAUAAAUUACGUUCCCGUAAUUAAGAAUUUACCUCUUCCAUCUGCUUUAGUAGUUUCCGAAAAUUCUGUUCUCGGUUUGAGUAUAUUUCAAGUGUCUAUACAAGACAACGACGGACACGAUCUACAUACAUACUCUAUGACGUCAUUCCCGUCUGAUGGAGUCUUGUACUUUGAUAUUGAUUCUGCAACUGGGUUAAUCAGUACCUCUGCCACAAAAAAUAUCAAUUAUGAAGCCGUAUCAACAACAUCUUUUACCUUCACAAUAACAGUAUCCGACACAAAGGACUCGGCAUCUCAGAACCUAACUGUCACAAUAGCUAAUCAAAACGAGGCUCCUGUGUUUACCAAAACAUCUUAUUUACUAAGUGUCAAUGAAGGUCCGGCUGGAACCAUUUUAGGUGACCCUGGUUAUUUGUACCAAGAUGAGGAUACUGGUGACACACAUAAGUUUUCUAUGAACUGUGCAUCAGGUGUUGGAUAUUUUUCGAUAGCUCCAACAACAGGAUUCAUUAGCCUAGCUACUGAUGUCGACGUUGAUUCAGUAGGUUCUUUGACAUCUUAUACCUGUACAGUUAAAGUGUCUGACGGUACUUUAACCGAUAGUGCGUCUUUAACUAUCAAUGUCAACAAUGUGAAUGACAACACGCCGAGGUUUUCCAACAAUUUGUUUACAUACUACUUGGAUAUAAACUAUCCUCUAAAUACUGCUUUUGGUUCCACGGUGGCAACUGAUGCUGAUACCGGCACAUUUGGAAAUUUCAUUUAUAGCAUUGACCAAACGUCUUUAGGGACAGAAACAUUUGGAAUUCAGGCAAAUGGAGAUCUGUACUUCAAGAAUUCUUUAACAAGUUAUGGUUAUGGAUCAAGUAUGAGUUUUACCGUCCAGGCAACAGAUACUGGCAGUCUUCAGGGAACAGCAACAGUUUUCAUUGUUAUACCACAAACUACAACAACCACCACAACUACAACAGACCGACCUCUAACAUUUUGGGAGUAUCCGGCUAACCCAGCUUGGGUUAUUGUUGCUGGCCUUAUUGGACUUAUAAUUAUGGUGUUGCCUUGUUACAUGUGUUAUAAGAACGGAUGUACUUGUGAAUGGAGGGGAAGACCUGGUGACUACCAGGAAAGACUUCAAGAACCCUCAGAAAAUAACCGGAAAAAGGACAAACAACCGAAAGUUUAUUCAAAUGGUAAUUGGAAAGCAUGGAGAUGGUACGAACAGCAAUGAAUACAAUACUUACGGUGGUAUUAAAAGUAGUGAAACCGGCUUCAAAGUGCUACCUUUACUAUGAUUAUUGUUUUUUGUUAAUCCUGAGAUAAACCAUGUAACUGCAAAUGUUGUAUCAACAUUUAUACUUGUUUUUCUGCUUAUAUUUAUUUUUUGCAUUAAAUUUACUAUUCAGAAUCUUAAAAAAGGUUUGUCUACCUAAGGCACAUACAACCUUAUCCAUUGUUGUCAUAAUGUUUUAUAUUUAGUCGUUUCUAACACCACUCAACUUUCUGCAGAACUUGACAUCACAACCUGAGUUUAUAUUAAACAAUGUGUGACUGUCACAGUAUAAUUAUCCCCCCUUUUCUUCUGAAGUACAUUUAAGUCCACCCACCCGUCUAUAUGUCAAACGGUUAAAAGAAAUUUGACAACAAUGUCACAAAAGAUAUUUUUGUAUACCUUCAACUAUGUAAGAGUCCGUUGUAUCACAAAGAGGAAUUAGAAAAUUUCAUAUACUUACUUAACCUGUUUUCUAAAACGAAUUUUGAAUGUGAAAAUUUUAAACAAGAAUCAAAUUUCUUACUUGUUAAAUAGUUAUCAAAGGUACUAGGAUUAUAAUUUAAAAAUAGCAUUGACACUUCCCACAUUUUUGUUUUUGUUUUUUUGUUAAUUCUUAUUCUGUUCUGGCAAUUUUUUUUUAUUUGUUUCGGAUAGUUACUGCAUAGUUAGCAUUUCUGUUUUAAUGCCUUAUUGUUAUUUUUAUUUUGAACAGAUACAUUCCUACUACUUUCAGUGGCAUUUAUCUCGUAAAGUGUUUAUACAUAUUUUGCUUUCAAUUAUUUGAAUACUGAAUCCAGUAUAGUU